UAAACGCAGAGAUUGUUGCUACUUGUGCUGGAAAUCAUGGCGGAAUCCAUGAAGAAGCAGAAAAAACCCGAUGUGAAAAUCGUCUUGCUGGGGGACAUGAAUGUGGGGAAAACCUCUUUACUGCACAGGUACACCGAGAGAAAAUUCAAGGACACGAUGAGCACGGUUGGAGGGGCUUUCUUUCUUAAACAGUGGGGACCCUAUAAUAUCUCCAUAUGGGACACAGCAGGUCGGGAGCAGUUCCAUGGCCUUGGCUCAUUGUACUGUCGUGGUGCAGCUGCAGUCAUCCUUACCUAUGACAUCACCAAUUGGCAAAGCUACCUGGAGCUGGAAGAUCGCUUCCUGUCCCUAACUGAAACUGCCAACCCUGACUGCAUUUUUGCCAUAGUAGGCAACAAAGCUGACCUGACUGAUUCUCAAGCCCAGGCUCCGGAACCAGACGUCAAAGAUGUCAAGGAUGGAGCUGUGCCUUCUCCUGCCUCUACUCUGCAGCGUAAACAGGUGAACAGAGAAGAUGCCAUGGCUCUGUAUGGCCGUGUACUACAUUAUAAAGGCCUUGAAGUAAAGGACUGUUUGCCAGCUGACAGGAUGUGCUUCGAGACCAGUGCUAAAUCAGGCUACAAUGUGGAUAUAUUGUUUGAAAGACUGUUUGACAUGGUGGUGCCGUUCAUCCUGAAGAAACGUAACGAAGGCGAGAGCAUGACUGUUGACUUGGAGGCACCUAGCACAAAUAAGAGGACGAAAUCAGCCUGCUGUGUCUAAGAGAAGGGCAGGAACAUUACUUUGUAUUACUGAAGAAACAGACAGUUGUUAUGAAGUAUUCCAUUUCAAAAGUAGGGAUAUUGGUUGACACUUUUGUGUCAUUGUAGUAGUGCAGUAUUGUUCAAAUGAAAUAGAUUUACCCUGGUUCUUUUUCUAGUGUACUCAAAGUAUUCUGGAGUAUAAUAUGAAGACGGCAGCACUUUUUUACCCCUUUUUGACCAACGUGGAUCCGGCUCCGUUCUAUUUCGCGAACUUGAUUUUGAACCGGUUCCGCGUGUUUCCACCGAAAAAAAGAGGUUCCAGACAGCGAACUAGCGUUCUAAUCUGGCACCACAGAAUACCUGGUUUUUCAGCGUGAACCGUGAUGUCAUCUGUGGGCGUGUCACAGUGUAGAGG